AUGAGUCCAGAGUUGCCGCAUUUGAUAUGUGCAUGGGGCUCACAUGCUGCCCAAGCUAGAUACCUUGUUCCAGCUGACUUGACUGUUGGGCAGUUUGUUUAUGUUGUGCGGAAAAGGAUCAAGCUCAGUGCUGAGAAGGCUAUAUUCGUCUUUGUGAAGAACACUCUACCUCCAACUGCUUCCCUGAUAUCUGCAAUUUAUAAGGAAAACAAGGAUGAAGAUGGUUUUCUUUACAUGACUUCCAGUGGAGAAAACACUUUUGGAUCCCUCUAAGAGCCUGGAGCCUAGAUACCACUUUGUGUAAAUAAAGCUUGGAAAGUGUAAAUUCUCAGCGGUCUCUCUCAAGCAGAUACCUUACCUACUUACCUAUUGUAGUUUAGCUUGUUCUUGAUUUGGAUUAAUCAAUGCUGGAAGUGGGUUUGAGUACAUAUAGUAUCUUUACC